AUGUCAAGCAAAUACCCAGCCCUUAACUCCUGGUUUCUAUUCGAUAGUUUGGCUGCCAUCAUUUUGGCAACGCUAUCUUACACCAACGCGUCAAUGUUCGACAGUCAGCCACAAUACACCAUAAAAGCAGAGAAAAACAAAGAAUUUGAUAAAUCCUGUCUUAUUGGAACAUUCAACACUGAAAGCGGAAACAUAGCAGAUUGUCUGGGGCACUGUCUAGGGAACUGUCGGUGUCAGUCGUUUCAAAUUUGUCAAAAUAUAAAAUGUCAACUGUGUUCAAGUCACAAGAAAGAGAACAGUUCAUUGUUUCGUGGCAAAGACGGCUGCGUCUAUGCUAUGUAUGAAACGCGACAUUUAGCAGGAACAUCAAAGGUAAUCUAAUCCGUAUUUCCUCUACUUAACCCCCAAGCUCUUUUUAGUCCGCCUUUUCUAAUUAGCCCCAAGAUGCAAUUUCCUGCAAGCGCCUCGCUCCCUCGCUGCGCUCCAUUCUUCUAUUCGCUCACUCGUCUUACUCAUUACAAAAGAAAACGGAUAUUUGGUGUCUUGGUAUUUUAGCGUACGCAGUGAUCAACCCAAAUUUAAUAAAUCCAUACCGUAAAGAAACAGAAGUACCAGGUAGUCCACUUACCAUGAAAUCGUUCAUGCAAGCCGAAUAUUUCAUAAAAUUCAUUUCUUUAUUUCCCUGAGAUUCUUGGAUUCCUCGAAAUUCCUGGAUUCCCCGAGAUUCUCCAUUCCCCGUUUUAAAAAUAGCCCAUGUAUAACACCUCUAUAUGACAGAAAUUUAGGAGGGUACGUCAAAUUCAUUUCUUGUGCAUAAAAUUAAUUUCUUGUGCCAUUUUUCAAUUGCUGCUGGCCUUUUGUCACGUGAUAGUCAUUAAAGUUAAAAAUGGAAUUUGUCUUUAUCACAAGAAAUGUCUUGCGGUUAAUUAAAAUUGGUUCUUAUCUUCUUAGAAUUUCGACGCCCAAUGUUCAGGAAUGAGUUGCUCAAUGAAUGACAACUGUUGUCAACGAUCGGCUGUCUGUCCCGAUGGGAAAAUAUGUAAACCAAACAACUCCACCAAACAGCCCUGGAAACGUUUUACGUGCGAAUGCCCGGAGGGUUACUAUGGAGACAACUGUGACCAGCCAAUUAGGUCAUGCCAAGGAUAUGCCCAAGGUUCCCGGAAAUCGGGCAAAUAUAAAGUAGUGGACUCUGAUGGCUCAUUGUAUAAGAUAUACUGUCAUUUUGAUUCUGAUGGUGCUUGGACACUGGUGCAGUCUUUCAGCUUUGCAAACCGUGCAGUUGCAAACAGUGACUUUAAAAAACCUUUAUCUGAAGACACUCCUAUCAGUCAAGAUGCUGUACCUGCAUGGACCGGCUAUCGACUUAGCAAAGCUAGAAUGAAGCGUAUCAAUGAAAAUUCUGAUCACCUACGGUUCACUUGUGGCUUCGAGAACGUCGAUAAUGUGAGUCAAACGGACUAUCUUCAAAUGUCGCUCGACGAGCUUGAAUCGAAUAAGGAUAUUACCACUCAUAACCCAAACAAUGAGAUGAUUUCUUACCGAGGUAAAAUAGAUGAAAAAGAUCUAAGAGAAUGCAAAAUUAAGCUUCAUCAGGACGGUAAAGGUUUGCACGUACAUAUCGAUAAUAAAGACGCUUGUGUGUUUUUCCCUGCAUCGAAGCCGGAGGGCUGUAGCCACUUUCAUUAUUUUAGUUAUUUUGAGGAAGAAGCAUGUUCGCUAUCAACACACAGUUGUACUCAGUAUCAACAUUCUACAUCGCAGCUUUGGUUUGGUCAAGGUGGGUGA